AAAAAGAAGAAGAAAAAGCUUGAAGUAAAUGUCAUAGAAUUCUGUGAUUGUGAUUCAAAACAAAAGCACUCCAAAAGUGCAACUAAUUUUAUGAAGAUACUUUACUAAGUAAAAACUUGCUUGAGGAUUUGGUUUUAUCAUAUUUUACUACCUAUGUUGUAAUGGGUUUUAAAGGCAUUUGAGUAAUAGUAGUUUCGUCCAUGGAACAGGCCGAUAAACGCAUUUGAAUAUAAUAUGUCUAAAACCAAAGAUAAAUUGAAAACAGCAACAAAAAAGCAAAAAGCUAUUCAAUGUUCACAACAACCAAAACGUACUAAUUGUAGGAAAACACUAAGUGACGACGAUGGCAUUACAAAGUCUAAACAACUAGCUCACAAAAUAAAAACAAACCCACGGAUUGGCAUACCUAGAAUACGCAGGAUCGACAACAACGAAGAAAGAAUAUGCGGCAAUGGCAAACCAAUGCCAUCACUAGCAGAUCUUGAAAAAAUGUUUAAUGAUUCUGACAAUGAAGAAGAACUAAAUGUUAAUGAUACCUUGAACAUGAACACACCAAUUGUGGAUCCUAACCAUUGCUCAACUCCAAAGAAAAAACCAAUCACUGAAGAUCAACUGAAAUCACCGCGUACAAUCAAAACAAUUGCAGAUAAAAUGUUAGAUUUUAUUUCUUCUUUACCUGAUGCAACAGUGCUUCUUGAUGAAGUGCCUCCACCACCAGUGAUAAAACAAAAGAAAAGAAAAAAGUCAGGUAUACCUUAUAUUGUAGGUAAUAAAGAUAGACCUCGUGUGCCAACCAAAAAGACAACCAACUUUUGUAAAGGUGAUGAAGAUUAUGGUAUUAACAUUAAUGAUAUUCAAUCUGAAGAUGAUUCUCCUAAACCCAGAGCGAAAAGAUCAAAAACGGCUAAAUAUUCAAAAUCAAUCUUCAAUGCUAAAAGUGAAGAAAUAGCAGCAUCUUUAAAAGAAUAUGAUGGUGUACAUAGUGAUGAUAGUUCUGAUAGCAACAAGACUGUAGCCUAUGAGUACUAUUCCCCAAGUAACAUGAGUAGACCACUAUCAUUCUCUCCAUUGCCCAGUACAUCAAAAGAUAGUGAAACUAUUUAUAAAAAUGAUAUACGCUUUAAUGAAAGUCUGGUUGUAAACCAAUCGACCUCUGAAGUAAUUGAUAAUGAUUUGCAAAUCAUCGACCAACCACCUGACACUAUUUUAAUAGACGAGUAUACUGAAACAAGAAAACCAAACAGUAUUCUGACAUCAGAACUAAUUGUAAUUAAUGAUGACACACCCCCUCAUACGCCUUUAGUUAAUGAUGAACCAACAAAUCAUUUUAUCAAAGAUGAAGACAGCUGUAUUGAAAUUAUUGAAAAUAGUAGUUCUCAAAAUGUUGAACCUCCAAUUCCAGUUGAGGACUAUUAUAGUUCAUUAGAUCUUAGUUUAAAUAUCAGCACCAACAAUGAUGAUAUGGAAGUUAUAGAUGUAGAUGAAGUGAUUGCAGAAAACAAAGCUAUAAUUGAAAAAUACUGUAAACCUAAAGAUCUUGAUAGUAUCACAAUAAUUGAACCACAGACAAAUAAUAUUGAGACUGUACAAACAGAAAAUAAUGAAUGUGUUGUUGUUGAAUCUGUUAUUAGUAUAGAAGAGCAGGAAUCUCUCCAAACACAAAAUAAUGAAAGUACUAAACCUGUUAUUAGUACAGGUGAGCAGGAAUCAAGUCCAAGAUUAAAUAUGUCCCCUGUCGAAUUUAUAUCCAGUACAUCUGUUCAACACAUACCCAAUACACUUAGUACAGAUAAAACUAAUAAUGAGGAUGUCAUUGAAAAUGCUGUUUAUAAUAGGAACAGUAAUACUGGUACAAGGUCAAACUCAAAUUUAUUGCUUGAUGAUCAGAAUUUAUUAUCCAUUGAUCAGUCUUCAACAUGUAAUACCAAUGGCCAUCCACAAAAUGCAAUAUGUCUCAUUUCAUUUCUCAAGUCUAUGAGUGAUAUUGCCAAAAACUACAUUGGUGGAACACCCAGACGGAGAAGCCGAAAUAAUGUAUAUACUGCAAAUACAAGGCCUAAUAAUACACAAUUGGAUACCGAAAAUAAUUCAUCUGGAAUAUCAAAAAGACUUGGAGAUUGCCCUAUAUGUCUGGAUAGUCUUGCUAAUAUUCCAGUCGCAUCGACAAUAUGUGGUCAUAUUUUCUGUAUGAAAUGUAUAAGUGCAGCUGUUAAAUCCAGUGGCAGAAGAUGUCCAACCUGUAGAAAGCCAUUGAAGGGAAAAGGUUAUCACCAACUGUUUCUCUAAAGAUUUAUAUUAAAUCAAAACAUAAUGAAUACCUUGUGUAUUAAUUGACAAUGUUAAAGUUAUUGUAUAUAGUGUUGAUUAUUAUUUUAUGUGUCAGUUCUUAAUCAGUCAUACUUAUAGCAUACUACAGAAAGUAUUGUAUUCAUGUAAUUAAGAUUUCAUUGUUACAACAUGUAAAAUUAUCUACCUCAUUGCCUCUUUAAUUGAUAACUUAAAUUAAUAACUUAAAAUAUGUUAGGAGAUAUAGGGUAUGCGUAAAUAAGUGUUACCAUAAGUGAUCAUUGAUCAAUGAUAAUCAGGCAGGUUAGCAGGUUUCAUGUUGCACAAAUAGAAGAAUACAUAGUUUGAUUAAGUUUUAAACCUUUUUGUUUUUGCUUGUUAAACUAACUCAUUUUGUGUACCAAGACUUAUACGUAGAUAAAGAUAUUUCUAAAUAUUUUUGUCAAUAUAUGCUGGGCAUAAUGACAAGCAAAACUUUUAAAGUGGGAUUUUUUGAUUAAUUUCUUUGUUAUAAAUAAAACCUUAUCCCAUAAGUAUAGAGUUGAAAGCAUAAUUGCAUUUGAGGCUUUAUGGAAAUGGGAUAAACUUGAUAUUGUUUUUAAAAAAAAAAAUUUAGUCAUUUUACACUUUUCUUACAUAUAUUUUUUUAAGUAUUGCAAAUAUAUUCAUGAUAAUUUUAACUCAUUUAAAAUUUGCUUUAAUUAAAAAUGUAGUUACCCACUGUAUUGUACUAUCCCAAUAUCACAGGACAGGAUAUUGACAUCAGCAAAGCUCAAAGAAUCAUUGACUUUGUAAUCUUUGUUAAUCCUAUGCUUAGAAUAUACAAAGCAAAAUAAUAAUAAAACUAGUUUUGAUGACAUAGAAUAAGGUACUAUAUUUAAAAACUGAAUUGUUAGACAUUACUGUAGAAACAAGUAUUGUACUCUCAUGAAUCAGUGACAAAUUUAUCCUAAAGCCACAGCAAGACCAGGCCUACAGUGACAAUAAUUUUAUUUUAUUUAUUAAUUAUUAGCAUAUAACAUUGUGCAUCAAAAGCAAUGAUGGAAUAGGUCUAUCUUCACUUGUUUAUCCAAGAGAGAUCUGAGCUGAGAUAAAAAUGAGAAUAAUACAGUUAAUUUCAUUUCAUUCCUUUUUUUUAAAUAACUUGAAUAAGUUAGCAGAUAGUUAACAUUUUUCAGAAUUUUACUGUGUCUGUUAUGGCAGGCACGUCUGAUUUGAUUAGCGAUAAAACAAUAUAUCAUUUCAUCAUAUUAUAACUAUUCCUAUUAAUUUACUUUUUGUGAUAUGUAACUAAAUGACUUAUUGUUAAGUUAUAAUUUCUGAUACACUAAAUAUUGUUUUUAAGAAUAAAUGAAAAAGACCC